AUGGAAUUCACGUUGAAUUCGACAGGGGCGGAAGAUCUGUGGCUUCACUACAAUAGAGAUGCAAAGUCUGAAUCGGACGCUCAAACUUCAACUGUGCCCGGAACUCCAUCUACUCUACAGCCAACGACUAAGGUGGGCACAUCUAUGAACCAUAUUGGGGUUACUGUGACCCCACAUGCAGUCACAAGUGCCAGCGGCAUUAAAUUGAGACCGACGAGCUCUCCACACGUGGAUUUGACUGAAACUAACUUAUUUACGGCUAGAAAAGAGGGCAAACGGCAGUCUAAGCAAGGCAAGUUGGUGCCACGACAAGACUUAAAACGAGCUCGUCACACGGUGGCACGAAACUUGUACGGUGCAGGAAGCUUAGACUGCAUGGAUGAAGAAGAUAUGGAGCUGGAAAGUUCAAAGAAUUCCGAGACUGAAACGGAGCCUGAGGUGCUUGGGGUCUCCUGUGCCGACCGAUCAUCCGACCAGCGUGUGGAACAAUCGCAUGUGCCUAAUGAUCGAAUUGUGUGGCCUUGUGCUGGCGCUAACCCGUUGGACCGGAACCCGGCGUUCAUGAAGCGAUUGAGGUUGGCUCUAGUGCUGGUUGACGCGGAAAAUUGCUAUCCGCCGCCGGAUAUGAAGUGUAUGCAGGGGUGCACAAGUCUUCGUAUUCAAAUGUGCCAGAGUCAUCGAACCCAGGGCGGCAACGCUAGCGUGUGUCACGAUACGAUGUGCUGUAUAUGGCGUGAUAUUGACACCCAUUUGGUGCGCUGCCGAAAUAGUGACUGUGAGUUUAAAAAUAGUGUUGGCUUGCGCCAAGCAAUGCACGACAUUCUACAGAAUGAACUUAAACUUAAAGCGACAAGAGACAAACUCCGGGCCGUUAACGCGACGAUCAGCAAAACUGUCGCUACCCGAGAUUAUGGGCCAAGAACUUCACCUUCUCAUAUUGAAAGUAAAAUAAAGAGGUUGGAGCAAAAAUGUGCCAAGCUAGAAGACGCUGUCCUUCUUCAUAAGGACCGACAACGCGCUUUCGAGUUUGACUUGAAUGCCCUUGGAAUUCCACCAGAACAAUGUGAAUUGGAAAAUGUGCCAAGUUUCCAGAGCCAUUACGCGAGGAAGAGACCACGAGAAUAA